GGGCCUCCUCUAAGUCUUGAGCCCUCAGUUCCUGAGAGAAGAACCCUGAGGAACAGACGUUCCCUGGCGGCCCUGGCACCUCCAACCCCAGACAUGCUGCUGCUGUUGCUGCCCCUGCUCUGGGGGAGGGAGAGGGUGGAAGGACAGAGGAGUAACUGGAAGCAUUACCUGCUGACGAUGCAGAGGUCCGUGACUGUGCAGGAGGGCCUGUGUGUCCACGUGCCCUGCUCCUUCUCCUACCCCGGGUAUGGCUGGUCUUACUCUGACCCAGUUCAUGGCUACUGGUUCCGGCAAGGGGCCAAGACAGACCGGGAUGCUCCAGUGGCCACAAACAACCCAGCUCGGGCAGUGCAGGAGGAGACUCAGGACCGAUUCCACCUCCUUGGGGACCCACAUACCAAGAAUUGCACCCUGAACAUCAGAGAUGCCAGAAAGAGUGAUGCGGGGACAUACUUCUUUCGUGUGGAGAGAGGAAAUAUAAAAUGGAAUUAUAUAUCUGACCAGCUCUCUGUGCAUGUGACAGCCUUGACCCACAGGCCCAACAUCCUCAUCCCAGGCACCAUGGAGUCUGGCUGCCCCCAGAAUCUAACCUGCUCUGUGCCCUGGGCCUGUGAGCAGGGGACGCCCCCUAUGAUCUCCUGGACGGGGACCUCCAUGUCCCCCUUGGACCCCUCCACCACCCGCUCCUCGGUGCUCACCCUCAUCCCACAGCCCCAGGACCAUGGCACCAGCCUCACCUGUCAGGUGACCUUCCCUGGGGCCGGCGUGACCACGAACAAGACCGUCCAUCUCAACGUGUCCUACCCCCCUCAGAACUUGACCAUGACUGUCUUCCAAGGAGACGGCACAGUAUCCACAGUCCCGGGAAAUGGCUCAUCUCUGUCAGUCCCAGAGGGCCAGUCUCUGCGCCUGGUCUGUGCGGUUGACAGCAAUCCACCUGCCAGGCUGAGCCUGAGCUGGAGAAGCCUGACCCUGUGCCCCUCACAGCCCUCAAACCCGGGGGUGCUGGAGCUGCCUUGGGUGCACCUGAGGGAUGAAGAGGAAUUCACCUGCAGAGCUCAGAACCCUCUGGGCUCUCAGCAGGUCUCCCUGAACGUCUCCCUGCAGAGCAAAGCCACAUCAGGAGUGACUCAGGGGGCGGUCGGGGGAGCUGGAGCCACAGCCCUGGUCUUCCUGUCCUUCUGCAUCAUCUUCGUUGUAGUGAGGUCCUGCAGGAAGAAAUCGGCAAGGCCAGCAGCGGGCGUGGGGGAUACGGGCAUAGAGGAUGCAAACACCGUCAGGGGCUCAGCCUCUCAGGGACCCCUGACUGAACCUUGGGCAGAAGACAGUCCCCCAGACCAGCCUCCCCCAGCUUCUGCCCGCUCCUCAGUGGGGGAAGGAGAGCUCCAGUAUGCAACCCUCAGCUUCCAGACGGUGAAGCCUCGGGACUCACAGGGACGGGAGGCCACUGACACCGAGUACUCGGAGAUAAAGAUCCACAGAUGAGAAACUGCAGAGAUGAGAAACUGCAGAGAUUCAGCCUGAUUGAGGGAUCGCAGCCCCUCCAGGCAAGGGAGAAGUCAGAGGCUGAUUGUUGUAGAAUUAAUAGCCCUCAAUGUGAUGAGCUAUGAGGAUCUAUGAUAACACUAUGAACUAUGUGCACAGUGAAAAGCACACAGGCUUUGGAGUCAAAGUAUCUCAAACCUGAAUCCACACUGUGCCCUCCCUUUUAUUUUUUUAACUAAAAGACAGACAAAUUCCUACCUCUCUGUACCUUGGUUUCCUGCUCUGUAAAACAGGAAUGAGAAGCCCUACUUGCAAGGUUGCGGUGACCAUUCCAGGAGUCACAUCCCAGCAGAGCUCCUGGCACAGGUGUAUG